CCUGCAUGAGCACCUCCUCGACACCGCCAGGCACACUCUUCUCUUGUCCCUCACCCGUGCUAUCCAUAUUGUUGUCCCUUUGCAUUUUCUUGUUACGCAUCGCCAGUAUAUAGCUUGAUGGACCAUGCUCCCACCGUCCACGUUCCAUCAACAUUCCUUUUGAGUCACCCGAAGCCUGCAGUUUCCGCUUUGCGACAUUCGACCGCCACAUGCCACGCCGAGCCUAGGCCGUGUCCUACGAGACCUCGAUUGUCGGCCGCUCCUAUUAGUAGAAGGACUAGAUGAGUUGUUGCUGUUGCUAGUGUUGCGACUCGCAUUGCUCCAUCGCCGGGUCCUCGUCUGCAACUAACAUACAACCUGAUGGUUGCCUCUGAAUAAUACCCGAUAUACUCCUCUCAGCCUGAUCACCGUCUAUCCUAUAUAUCCUUCGGCCUGAAACAUCUCUGAUCACCCCGCCUCUCCCAUUGAUCAUCGCCUGCGAUGGCUCCCUUCCGUCUCGACGAAGGCUUCUCGGAGGAUGCGUCGAGUCAAGAUGAUCACGGGCGCAUGUCGGCUGCCACAGCUUCCCGCUUUCAAGAAUGGGUCAUGGCACAAAAUGAACUGGCACGUGCCGAGAUUGCAUACGAAGUCUUGCGAACACUACGCACCUCAAACAUCGCGGCUGUGGUCGAGAGGCUGACGCCGCUCCUGCAUAUCGACCCGCUGGAGAAACUACCUCCAGAGAUCACCUCACAGAUAUUCUCCUACCUGGACGCUGAGACCUUGAUGAUUGCUUCUCUCGCAUCAAAGCUAUGGAGGGCACGUAUCAUGGACACGAUGUUGUGGCAAGACCUGUACAAGAAGGAGGGAUGGGGUCUGGACACCAAGGAGGUCAGACAAUUUGAGAGCGCCCUCGCGCGACACGAGUUGAAAAAGUCAAGAUCGCCGCUCUCGGGACAGCCUCAGCUUAAGAAACGAGCAACAUCUGACUGGUUGGAGUCAAGAGGGCGUAAGGUUUCUGCGGACGUCUCUCAGUGGCGAGAGCAGCAUGGAGUGAUAGAGGCCGACACCGACAUGCAAUCCGAGUCGACUGAUGACCAGGAAAUGCAAGAUGCUCCCACCAGCAUUCAUAACUCUCCCCAGCGUCCAAACAAGAGACAAAGUGCAGAUUCGGGCGACGAGAUGGACUGUUUGUCAGAUGCAAUCCCCGGAGAUGAUGCUCGUUCAGGGAGCAGAGGCGUCAGCUCCCUCGACCCUCCGAUCAAGACACGACUCGUCACCUGUGAUGGUAAUGGCGAGGAAAAACUCAACUGGGUUCAUCUUUACAAGCAGCGCCAGAAGCUUGAACAGAACUGGACCAAGGGUCGCUAUACUCCCUUCCAGCUUCCUCAUCCUUCAUAUCCGAACGAAGCGCAUACCGAGUGUGUCUACACUGUCCAGUUCUAUGGGAAAUGGCUGGUAAGUGGCAGUCGAGACAAGACAUUACGAGUUUGGGAUCUUGAGACCCGUCGGUUAAGAGGGAAGCCUCUGUCUGGUCACUCUCAAUCAGUUCUAUGUCUCCAGUUCGACCCGACUGAGAAAGAAGAUGUCAUCAUUUCCGGCAGUAGUGACGCUAGUGUCAUCAUCUGGCGAUUCUCAACAGGCCAGAAGAUCCACGAAAUCCCCUCCGCGCAUGAAGAGUCCGUUCUAAACCUGAGAUUCGACCAACGUUAUCUGGUCACCUGUUCGAAAGAUCGACGCAUUAAAAUCUGGAACCGAAAAACGUUGACCGCUACGGAUAAUGACUAUCCGGAGAUCAAACGCGAGAGUCAAGCACGGGCGCCGUCAUACAUCGUCAAUACCGCGGAAAUGGAGCCCUCUCUCUUAGAAGCCAGACUCGCCAACGGCCAGAUCCGAGCUCUCAAACCAUACAUGCUUCUGCUGACCCUCGAAGGACACAGUGCCGCCGUCAACGCCAUUCAGAUCAACGGCGAUCUCAUUGUGUCUGCCUCGGGUGAUAGACUCAUCAAAGUCUGGAAUGCCAAGGAUGGCAGGCUGCUCCGAACGCUUCAGGGACAUCAAAAGGGCAUCGCUUGCGUGCAAUUUGACAGCAAGCGAAUCGUCAGUGGGAGUAGUGACAACACCGUGAGGAUAUAUGACCCUUUUACCAGCGCCGAAGUGGCAGAGCUUAAGGGGCACACGAACCUUGUGCGCACUAUACAGGCUGGGUUUGGUGAUUUGCCUGGAAGUGAUGAGGAGGACCCGGCCAAAGCAAGAGCGGCCGAGAGGAAAUACCUCGAAGAUCUUAUGCAGGGAAAUAUUGUCGAGGACAGAGGGCACAGUCGACGCGUAAGGAGUGGUACGGAGGGAACGUCUCGACUCGCACUGGGUUCUAGAUUACCACCAGGCGGAGGUGGCAGCAAAUGGGGCCGGAUUGUCUCGGGCUCAUAUGACGAGACCAUCAUCAUAUGGCGCAAAAACGCGUCGGGAGAUUGGGUUAUUGGACAGGUGCUGCGUCAAGAGUCGCCGUCUCAGAACCAGGACAAUCACUCUCGGCCACGACACGCUGGUGUACAGCAGCCUCCGCCAUUGGUAAUGCAUCCUCCUCUCAACUUGCCUGCGAUGCCCCCUCCGCCGCCUUCUGCUCUCCUGAUGAAUCACCGACUACCGCCUAUUGUCAACCCCAAUGCUGCUCGCGAAGUUGUAACCGAAGCCAUGAGCAUAGGGAGGGUGCUAAAUGGGUCUGCCGGCCCUGGAGCUCCGCAGAACGGUCUGAAUCUCACUAGCAGCUUCAGCUCCAGCUCUUCGAUCAUCGGAAGCAGUGCACAAGCUCUCAUACAGGCUACUGCGACGCACGCCCAGGCGGCUGUCUCUCAGAUUGUGCAGAAUGCCAUCACCCAAGCACGGUCACAGCAAACACAGAAUCAGCAGUCAUCGAAUGCUAAUGCUGGAGCGUCAACGAGUGGUCAACACCAAACGCAGCAGCAGCCGCAGCAGCCGCAGCAGCAACAGCAACAGCAACAACAGAACCCUCUUCCACAUCAUCCUGCUCCUCUUCACCCUCAACCAGGAACAUCUCCCGCAGUUGCGGCAGCGCAACAACAAUUAGCUCAACAACAAGCACAGCAACAGCCGCUCCAGCCUCAAGCUCCAGCCAACAACCAACUUGCCGCUGGCAAUGCAGAUGCGAAUGCCACGAACGGGGCGAACCAAUCAUCGGUCUCCCGCGUGUUCAAACUGCAAUUCGACGCCCGUCAAAUCGUGUGCUGCUCACAAGACAGCCGGAUUGUGGGGUGGGACUUUGCCAACGACGACCCCGAGAUCAUUGAGGCCUGUAGGUUCUUCGUCGGGCCGUGAGCGACCACAGACGACGGAGAAAGGGAGAUGGACGGCUUGCUCUGGCAUAGUCGACAUCUUGGCAAUAUCGACAGCAGAGUAUGCCUGGUGAUACGAUGCCGUCCACGAGGAAGAGAAGGAGCCAUACAAAGGCAGAGAGCCUCUAUAUUUGGUGCCCCUCUCAUUUGAGUGCGCUUUGGGG